GCCAAUUGAAAGCAAAGGGCGGGCCCAAGGGCGUGUUCCGGAAGGCGGUGUGGGCGCAGGUGCGGAGACUGGGCUGCCCGGCUGCGGCCUCCGGCGGCCGGCAGUAUGGAGGACGGUUCCUUGGAUCUCAUCCAGAGUAUUGAAGAUGACCCCCUUCUGGACACCCAGCAUCUUCCACAUCACUCUUUACAUGCUCAUUUUUGGCCCAGAUUCCACCCUCUUCCUACAGUCAUCAUAGCAAAUCUUCUCUUGCUGAUACAUCUUGUGUUUGUUAUUUUAGCACUUCUAACAGGUGUGCUUUGUUCUUACCCCGAUCCAAUGGAGGACACGUGCCCGGGAAACUACACCAACCCAUUGAAAGUGCAGACAGUCAUAAUCCUCGGAAAAGUUAUUUUGUGGAUUCUGUAUUUCCUUCUUGAACAAUACGUCCAGUAUCACCAUUGCAAAGUAAGAAACCGAGGUUAUAACAAGAUCUACCGGUCAACAAGACAUCUGAAAAGACUUCCGCUGAUGAUACACUCCACUGGCAGCACGGCACUCCUCCUCCUCCUCUGCCUGCAGCACUCCUUCCCUGAGCCCAGCACAUGGUACCUGGACCUCAUUUUGGCCAUCCUGGCCCUGGAGCUGAUCUGUUCCCUGACGUGCCUGCUUGUGUACACAGUGAAAAUCCAAAAAUUUAAUAAAGCCAAGCCACAGCCUGACGUACUUGAAGAAGAGAAAAUCUAUGCUUACUCCAACAAUAUUACCUCAGAGACUGGAUUCAGGCCUCUCUCAAGCCUGGAGGAGGUUGUGGAGAAGCAGGGAGACAUCAUAGUGUACCUGAAGCGGCACAACGCGCUCCUCAGUCAGCGGCUGCUGUCCUUCUCAUCCUCUGACCUCGGCUCUCAGCCAAGUGGGAUUUGACAGCAAUUCCAGAGGAACCAGAAUCACUUAAGACUGAUCAACUCCCUGACAAGGUGUCACAAGAGAUUGCAGCUUUGCCAAGUACCAUUCUACAGUUUCUGUUGGAAACCUGAAUCUGAUUCUCACCUGUGUGACUGUUUAAUAAGUAGGACACACGGAUCAUUUGAAAGGCACUUUGAAGAGCCUUGAUAACUCAUGGAAGAUAUAUAUUUUGCACAUUUUGAAAUUAUUUAACCACUUAGUUUAUCCUAGGUCAAAGUGUAGUUUAAACAUCUCCUUGGCCAACACUUUUUCCAUACUCUUUGAAACUUGGUGAUAAUUUGUCUUUUUGUAAAGAAAGUCUGACAUGACAACCUACUUAAAAUGGGGUUUUGAUCAAAUGAGUUUUUUCCACUUUUAUACAGGUGAGAGAAGUCAUCAUUUCUCAUGAUUAGUGGUUUUUUCCAUGGAGCCUGUGUAUUUUAUAUGCUUCUGUGGUUUUAGAUAUCCUUGGCCCUUAUAGUUUUUAUAAAGAAUUUCCCACUAGGUGAUUUACCUUCCAAACCCUACAGUUUUCCAUCCUCCAGAAGAUGUGAAGUUUACUUGGAGCAGUGUUAGGCCAACCGGUGCCGCCUGUGACUGCAGCAGGGGCUGUGCCUGGCAGCGCCUGAAACGGAGAGGACUUCAGGCUUUCUCUUUCUUUCCUUUGACCCUUCUUUGAGAGAUUGCUGUUUCAGUAUUGACCAGUUCUCAUUGAAUCAAUAAGUUCACCGAUUUAAAAGGAGUCUUCAGUGGCUUUUAGUUUGUCUGAAAGAAAAAAAAGAACUUUUUUUAAGUCUUGGAUUAUACUUAAAAAUUAUGGGAAAAAUGUCUUAUCAACUGUUUAUAUACAGAUAUUAAACAUAUAUAAUUCUUCAGAUAAAAUGAAGCAUUUCUCUGUGUAAAUGGCAUUUUUCCUCCAUUUUUCCUGCUUUGCCCUUUUCAUUAAUCAGUUUGCUUUGGCACCUUUCCAUGCUGCCUCAGAAAACUUCUUGCUUGAAUGCUUAAUGAGAGAGGGGAUAUUUGUGAUUAGGUAUGCUGCUAAAAAUCUCUUUUGUAUUUAGCUGAAUAAUGAAUAUUUGAUUUAAAAAUCUUUGAGCUAUACAUAACUGUUUGACAAAGAAUGACUUCAGUGGGUCAUCCCACACUUAUGAAAUGGUACACGUCUAUUUCCUUCAGAUACAGCCCUCUCAGAGCACUCUCAGGAUUUUCUGCUGAGGUCAGGUGAUUGAUUGCUUGUCACCUGCAGUCAGCCCCAUUGAGUCCCCAAAAGUGACAGCAUUCACAAACUAAACCCGAAGUUGUAUUUUUAAAUUUAAAAUUAUAUCCAGGUUUCCUGACUUUCUCUUCCUCCCUUUUUUUCUUUUUCCCUUCCUUUUAGCAUUUCUCAAAGCUGUGGAAAUUUGUCUCUGUGCCCUGGAGAGCUUUUGCCUUUAGCUGUUUUCCUUAAGGAAAGCACUGGUGGUAGGUGAUUAAUGCUCAUAUAUAUUUUUCAAACUCAAUUUGUAUCUAUCAUCAAUUUCUAAGGUUAUGAGAUGAACUUUGGUUUACAGAGAAAAGUAUAGUUUAAAUGUUAGAAUAGUCAAGUUCUAAUGGGAUGUCUGUAUAAUCACCAACACACUUUUCUAAACAAAAUGCUGAACAUUUCAAACAAUAAAAGAAAUUUAAAAAAGAAUGAACCAAACAGUUUAAAUGUUAAUCAUUCUGUGCACCAGAGACAAUGUGCUAGCACCAUGGAUAGAAAAAUUAGUGAGACAGUCCUUGUUUAAAACUUACACUCUAAGGAGAGGACUAGGAUUUCCAGGCUCUGUGCUGUGUGAGAUGAUGGCAGCAACUGCAAGAUAGCACAGGGGCUCCAGGUCAGAGAUUUCUCUGGCGGGGAGGGGGGAGGAGAAAGCUUUAGGAACUCCAGGGAAAUUCAUGAGUAAACAAGAAGUGCGAUAGCUACUGAGGACCAUACGUGCUGUGUAUAACUUGAGCCCAAAGUGUGAGGCAGGACUGGGAGGAGGAACAACCAAGAUUCUGGGGACCCUGACCCUGCGCUGGAAUGGGUCCCACUGAAGAGUUCUAGGCAGGGAAGUGGCAAUUGGUUUUAGUUUCAGGAAGAUCAGACUGUCAGGGUGGGAUGGGAAAAUGGGUGGCAGAGUCCGUGGUGCUGAAUGAACAAAGGCAGGUGGAGUAACAUUUUAUUAUGCGUAUGUAUGUUUAUAUCUGUGAUGUACAUUUUAUUGUGCGUAUGUAUGUUUAUAUCUGUGAUGUACAUUUUAUAGUGCAUGUGUAUGUUUAUAGCUGUGAUGUAUUUCUAUAUUGUUAAUUUGAAAAUUGUGUUUCAAAUGACAGUAGCAUCAUGACUUACUGCAUUUCUUUGAAUAUUAAUGAGGUUGACUUUUUUUUUUUUCAUUCUUUGUCCUUUUACAAAUCUUUUGUGAUGUACAUGCGUAAGCCUUUUGCUUAUUAUUCUCCUAGGAUAUUCUUUUUCUUAACAAACAUGAUCUGCCUUUCUAUAUCAGGAUAGUCUUCAGUUUAUAGUUGUUGGGAAUGUUUUCUAAUUUGUUUGGGGUUCUUUUGCCAUGAACUCUUCAACUACAGCCUGGAUUCUGUCCCUGCAGCAUUGGUGGGACUGACACAAAUAGAUCCCUAAAGUACAUUGGGUGAAAGCCAGGAGUAUCUUGAGGGAAUUUUAAUAUACCCAGACUUGGAAAUUCCCUGGAGUUCCAAUGAUUAGGGCUGCUCUGCGCUUUGACUACUGAGGGCCCAGAUUUAAUCCCUGAUCAGGGAAGGAAGAUGCAAGCUGCACAGCAAGGCCAAAUAUAUUUGUAUACACACACACACAUAGGCUUCUGCUGGGGGCCUUUUUCUUCAUCCAGAGAUUCAAACAGAGGUCUUAUGUGAAUUGAGUUAAUUCUUUUUCCUUUUUUCUCUAAGACAGGGUUCUCCAUCCUUGGCGCUAUGGGCAUUUUGAGUUGUAUAAUCUUUGUUUCAGGGACUGUCCUGUGCAUCAUAGGAUGUUUAGCAGUAUGACCACUGGGAUGCCUGUAGCAACCUCUAGUUGUGACAACCAGAAGUGUCUCCGUGUGACAGCAGGAUGAGCACAGCCCAGCAGGCAGCCAUUGCUGUGCCUUAUUACUCCGCACCCUGUUGCUAGGCAACAGGUCCUGCUCAACUGUUGGCUGGUACCUCAGUAGGCCCUGCCCACAAGCAAGCAUCAAUGAACGGCUGUUAGUUGCCCUGCCCAGCUAUUGGUCAGCACCACAGUGGGCCCUGCCCACAAGGAACUGUCAAUGAGGGAACACUAGGGAAAUGAUUCAGCCAGGGUCAGUGGUGUGGUGGUGAUCAGGUGGAGAGUGAGGUAAGAGGCAGAUUCAGGCUUCUCCUGGAGGCCCUCCAGCUUACCCAGCCUUGGGCCAACGGGUGAGCUGGCAGGCCCAGGGAGCAGGCUGGACACUCUGUCCUGCAGGGCUCCAGAGCCCUCACUCAGGCCCUCCAUGCCGAGGCCCAGGCCUUGAGGCAGCAGUGAACCUGUCUGUGACCUAAUAGCAGUGUCCGUUUGUCUGGGUCACAGUCUGUGAGACCUGGUCUCCCCUACUCGGGCAGCCUGAGGAGACUGAGGGCCAGUUUGGUCGGAUGCCCGACUCCAUCAGGGGUGACAGGUGGGCAGCGUGCGGAGCCUGACCCUGAGGAGCUGAGCUCUGCCUCCUCUUAGCCAGGACUGGGACCUUGGAGGGUGAAAGUUGUGCCUUGGGACUUCGCCCUUUCUUGUCAGGACAGAGUAACAUUAUUCUGUUAAUAAUAAAUGAAUAACAUUCGUUUGGUAGAGAUUUACAGGAAAAUUGUUACUGGACCCCAAGAACAAAGGAUCUGACACCAAGAAGUUUGCAACAACUAACUACCUGUCCCUCAAUUUUUGCUUUUAAAGGGGCUUGCUAAAAGCUUUCAGUAA